AUGGUGGAAGCCUCUGCCAUGCCCCCGGCAAGCCUCGCUUGCAACUGUGGCUCGACGCUACGGCCCGUCGCCACGCAAUCGGCCGCGGAGAUGAAGCAGUUCCCGCCCUUCCCCAGCGCCGGCGCAGACCAGAUGCUGCUCCAUCAACAAUGGCAGUCGCAGCUGCAGACGCCCUCGACGUACCUUCCGCAGGGCGUGCCGCCCGCGGGUGCGUUCGGUCAGGCUCCGGGCUUCGGCGUGACGCCGAACCCCGUUGCGCCCUUCACCACUCUGGCGAUUCCUGCGGGAAUGGAUCUCAGCCAGCUGCACCCUACGAAGGCAACUAUCAUCAGCGAAGUGCAGGAACCUGCAGACCUGCCUGUCACAUAUAACCACUCGAUGGAGCUUCAGCAGGCCGUUCCGACAGGCUCGCUCAUCCCCACCAACGUGCGCCCGCCUCAAAACAUCGUCGCCGCUGGACUGGGUCCGGCGGAAGUCCCGGCUAUGCUCACUGGCUCGCCCUUCUUCCACGCGGCGCCCUCGGCGCCCCAGUGUCCGCUCCUCAGCCCCGAGGCUCCGACCUUGGCGUAUCUGCAGCCCAUCGUGCAGCAGCAGCACAUGCAGAAGCUCCUGCAGGAGCAGAAGCGAGAAGCCGCGGUGCUCGUCACGCCGCAGCAGGAAAUCCAGCGCGUGAUGAACGUCGAGGCGCAGAAGCAGGCCAACGGCGUGCGCAUGAUUCAGAACCGCGUCCUCGCGCAGGAGCCCUCCAAAGGCUUCGGCGUCAUCACUGUCCCGAAUGGAAACGCCCCCAAGUACAACCAGAUGAUGGAGCAGAUGAAGCAGACCCUCGAGGCCACCGGACAGAUGGAAGGACCGAUCCCGAGAGGCAUCAAGCUCUGCGAGAUGCUGCAGAAUAUGCAGAAGAGCGGCAUGACGGAGUUCAUUGCUUCGCGGAACCAGCAUGCGAACGACGCGAUCAACCUUUGCCGGCGUUGGAGAGGUCUCCCCACUCCCCCCGAGGAGCAAGAGAAGAAGGCGGACGAAGCCGCCGAGGCUGCGCCGGUCGAGGAGAAGGAGGACACGGCUUCUGAGUCCAGCGGUGCCCGCGACGCUUCCGUGCCGGAGCUGCAGGCCCCCUCUGCGAACUGGGAGAGCCUCUCCAUCAAGGACCUGUGCGUGGUCUCAGCGCCCCACCCCUCCGUGCUGCGUCAGAUGCGCGCGGAGCAGCAGGCCGAGGCCGCCAACGCACAGCGGAUGGCGGAGCAGGCCGCCGCCCAAGGCAACAAUACGCAGACCCAGCCGUCGACCUUCGGCGAGGAGGAGCGCAACAACUUGGAGCGUCUGCUCGAGGCGCAGAAUCAGCGCGUGAGCUACUUGGAGCAGCUGCUCGAGCAGCAGCGGUCCGCCUACUACCUGGGCUACGGCGGCUACUCGGAUGACGUUGCGAUGUACAGCGACUCUGCGCGAGAUAGCUCGGACUUCUCAGCUGCAUCCACCGCCUCGUAUCAGGAGACGCCCGCGGAAUACACAGAACCCGCUGAAGCCGCCGCGCCGAAGCUGAUCCAGCGCAAGCCGAAUGUCGGUGGUGCGCGCACGCAGGCUGGCACAAGGAAGGCGACCAGCGCCAAGGCCUCCACCCGCGCGUCGAGCAAAGACAGCGUCGACGGAACUAAGGAGGGCGACGUGGACGACAUCCUCCGCCGGUUCGUCGCUGAGCGAGCUGCAGCCCCGGUCGAGCAGUGCCUGCGCCGUGUGCAGAAGGGUGUGUAUUUUCUGGGCGACUUGAAGGUGCUGGUCAAGAAAGCUCACAACGGCGACGUUCUCUGCAUGGCUCAGCACGCAGUGUUGCGGCAGCGGGGGUCGCUUGGCGAAUACGGCAAGAAGUUCAUCCCUCUUGACCGCUUCUGGGCACGCCUUUGCAAGGGCCUCGAGAAGGCGGCGUAA